AUGGCACCCAACGUUGCCAUCAUUCAAGGAACCGGUAGUGGUAUCGGUGCCCAAAUUGCGAAACAGUACCUCUCCCGGACCGGGCUCCAAGUUGUUGCACUCUCUCGCGAUGCAUCCCGAGCCAAGAAUGCCAUACUCUCCGGCGACAACUUAGACGAGUCUCGCCUGCACCCAAUCUCGCUUGACAUCAAGUCGGAAGAAUCAUACCACGCUGCUGCCCAAGAGAUCGCUUCUCGCUUCGGCGAUUCCUGCCUGAAGACGCUGUGGAACAUUAACGGUAUUCUGCACGCUGAAAAGAACCUUUCACAAAUCUCGCUCAAGCACUUGGAAGAGACCUUUGCCGUCAACACCUUUUCGCACUUGCUCGGUUUCAAGUACUUUGUUCCCCUUAUCCCUCGCGGGGCGGAGGCGAAGAAGAUUCAAGAGGGAAAAGUGGAGAACCUCGCCGAAGGUGUCCUUCCUGGUGACCUCAGCGUCAUCGCCAGCAUUAGUGCUAAAGUGGGCAGUAUUGGCGACAACCAAAAGGGCGGGUGGUACAGCUACAGGGCAAGCAAGGCCGCGUUGAAUCAGCUGAUCAAGACGCUCAGCAAAGAGCUGGAGCUGCGAUCGGUGCCCGCGAUUUCGGUCGGUCUGCACCCAGGAACGGUCAGAAGCUACCUGAGCAAGGACUUCACUGGCGGAGAGGGAAGUGACAAGCCGCUAGACAGGAGCAAAGGUCAGUUUGAAGCCAGCGAGGCGGCGAAAAAUUUGGUCGAUGUGGUGAGCGGUCUAAACAAGGGCGACAAUGGUACGUUCAGAGAUUACAAAAAUCAAUCCAUCCCCUGGUAG